ACUUCUUAAAAAGAACAGUUUAUACUAAUAUUCCACUGCAGUACCAAUUAUAGUCAACAGUAAACUUCUUAAAUUUCACUUCUUCUUGAGAUGAAGCACCACUUCCUAAACUGACGUGUCGUCUUUAGGAUUCGACAAAAGUCUGAUGUCGGUUGGUGGAAUUGGAACAAUCGGAUGCACUUGUUUAAAUAAUCUGUUAUUACCAAUACAAUCAGAGAGGAACAUCAUAUGUGUUAAGUUUUGGAUGAAUUCUUCGAACCAAUACGGUACAGAGUUCAUUACUCAACGACUUGUGGAAACUAGGUUUACGGCCAUUUUACUGAGAGUUGCAGAUUAGUUAAGUAUUGGGUCUUCAAGACAUCGUGCGUUCGUUCGUGCUUUCUACCAUGUUCUGCCACCGGUUUACCAUUCAGUGUCUAAUUUCUAUAUUAGUGUUACUCUGCUAUAUAGAGGAAUGUUACGGAAAAGAUAAAAAGCUAUUCAAAGCUGAUCAAAAGUUGCCCCUUCCCGACAUUACGCCUCUAACUGGUACCCUACACGGCCAUAUUGAAAAGUUCAAGCAGUUGCGUGAUGAUUUAAAGGCCCUGCAGAACAGUAAAGCGGAUCAAAACCCGAUGACGUUUUUCCGCGAAACAAUGCGCAUCAUGCAAGGGCUGCAGGCGUUGGGUAAAGACUGGAAGGAUAUUGAACAGAUUCAAAACAGUUCUGCCCGAGACUUCCAACAGGUUCUGGAAGAGAUGGAUCCAAUGUGUGGUCAAAUAAAGCCUCGUGCUGCUGUCUAUGAAAUUAAAUUACGUUGCAUGUACACCAAUUUGGGUGGCAACCCGUACUACAUUGUAGGACCGCUUAAGCAAGAGCAGGUGAAUCGUAUACCAUUCGUCGUGGAUAUGUAUCAUGAUUUUCUGACGCAGGCCGAAGUAAAGCACGCAAACGAAACGCGUCAAGUCGAACCAAGUGUUCGUCGCCGUCUACAAACUGUCGUUCCAAAUUUGUUCAACGUGGCCGUGCGGGAAGCAGGCGAGAAUGGCUACAAUGGUUCACACGUGAAACACCGUGGCUACAGUAUGGUGCUCUAUCUGGAAUCAUACUUCAAUGCAGGCGUGACAAUAUUUCCCGAAGGUAUCUUUACGGUGUCUCCAAGGAGCGGUAGUCUAGUUGUCACUAAAGCGCAUCCAUCAAUCUGUCCGUCCAGUCAUCCUUUGAAUGUUAUUACAAAUUUUGACAUCGCUGCUAAGAAACAAAAGAUCUCCAAAGAAAAGAUGUAGAGAGCGAAAAGUAUGAUACAUGGAAAUAAAAUAAUGAAAUUUAUCAUCGUUGUA